UGCGGCUGGUCGCCUGGUCUGUCCCUGAAAUACAGACUCAUAAUAAUAAAUAGAAGAUUUCUCUUCUCAUCAUUCGAAUUCGAAUAAUAAUAAGAAGGAAGGAAAAUAAUUUUUCUGUUUUUUCUUUUUUGUGAGUAAUAGGGAAAGAAGAAACACCCCAACAACCAUCCCAGAUUUACAUUUACAUCUGAAUCGCCUUUAUUGACUCGGUGGGUGGCUUUUGGAGGGAGGCAGGAUGUGGGCAAUUUUAAGGAGGAAAGCUGCUUUCGUGAGUCAUAAUGGUGGAGUACAAUCAUUGGGGAGAACUCUCCCUGUAUUGGCAGGAUCAACACAACAAUGUUCUGUUGAAACAAUCGCAAAACCUAAUGCACCAGCUCGUGGAAGGGGAUCAAAACUGUUGAGUCAUUUUCAUCAAGGUGCUCAAGUUCAUUCACUCCCUCUAAGGAAUGUUGUAUCUCCUAAAGCAGAUUUUACCACCCACAUGUGGAGUAGAUCAUUUUCUUCAGACAUUGGUGACUUGGUUGAUGCUGUUGUCCCUUUUAUGGGGGAGUCCAUCACGGAUGGCACUCUAGCCACUUUCCUAAAAAAACCUGGUGACCGUGUUGAGAUCGAUGAGCCAAUUGCCCAAAUUGAAACUGAUAAGGUGACAAUUGAUGUUGCAAGUCCUGAAGCUGGUUUUAUUCGUGAGUUUGUAGCCAAAGAAGGGGAUACUGUGGAACCAGGUACAAAGGUUGCAAUUAUAUCGAAGUCAGAUGAAGGUGCGACAACUCAUGUAGCUCCAUCUGAAUCAACCACCACGGCUGCACCGAAACCUGCACCUGUUGUAAGUGAAAAGGUGGAGAAACCAGCACCUAAAGUUGAAGCUCCACCUCCAAAGGCGGAAACCCAAAAAUCUUCUCAAGCAUCCCCGAAAACUUCCGCCUCAGAGCCUCAACUUCCCCCAAAGGAUCGGGAAAGAAGAGUCCCAAUGACAAGACUAAGGAAGCGUGUUGCCACACGUUUGAAAGACUCCCAGAACACUUUUGCUUUGCUGACUACCUUCAAUGAAGUCGAUAUGACAAAUUUGAUGAAGCUUCGGUCCGAAUAUAAAGAUGCUUUUCUUGAGAAACAUGGUGUGAAGCUGGGACUCAUGUCUGGGUUUGUCAAAGCUGCUGUGAGCGGGCUCCAGAAUCAGCCAAUCAUCAAUGCUGUUAUCGACGGAGAUGACAUUAUAUAUAGAGAUUAUAUUGAUAUCAGUAUUGCUGUCGGUACUCCUAAGGGUCUUGUCGUACCAGUUAUCCGCAAUGCUGAGACAAUGAACUUCGCUGAAAUAGAGAAGACGAUUAACAGCCUGGCUAAGAAAGCCAACAAUGGUUCCAUUUCAAUUGAUGAGAUGGCUGGAGGUUCAUUCACUAUAUCUAAUGGUGGCGUCUAUGGAAGCCUUUUAAGUACUCCCAUUAUAAACCCUCCGCAGUCUGCUAUUUUGGGCAUGCACUCGAUAGUCAACAAGCCCAUGGUGGUAGCUGGCGAAAUUGUGUCAAGGCCAAUGAUGUACAUUGCACUCACAUAUGACCACAGGCUGAUUGAUGGUAGAGAGGCUGUCUUCUUCUUGAGGCGCAUCAAAGAUGUUGUUGAAGACCCAAGAAGAUUGUUACUUGAUGUAUAAAGCAGAAGCUUUUCUUCUUGAACAUCUUGAUUUUGCAAAUAAAAAACCUCAGAGUAUUUUAACUCAGAUACAAUGUUUGCUUUGAGGAUGAGCCGGGGAAAGUGCUUGCUAAUUUUUAUUUUUGAAGAUUCCAUACUUGCUUCUUUAGUGAAACUUUGGAGAGUUUAAAUUUAUGUAUCUUGGCAGCGAGUGAAUGGAGUUUCUUUGUGCCUUCUAUUUUUAA